CUGGUCUCGCAAAUGCAUCUCCAGGUAGUCUAUUUCGUCUUCUGUUGGUAGUCGUUCUUUCAUAAUAUUUUGUGUUAAUACUAUUUGUUAUUUUCAUUUGACAUUUCGCCUUGUGUUAUUGAGUAGUUUUGUGUAAGUCGGUGAAUCUAGUGACUUCUAACUUCCCUUCUCCACGAUGUUUUGUUAAUAUAGUGAAGUAGUGAUAUUUUUAGCACUUUAGGUAGCUUUUUUUUCUCAAUGUAGACAUUGGUGGUAGGACUCUGUAGUUGAGGUUGCAGAAGCUCUCUGCGAUCUAAGACGAAGCGGAUUGCGUCAAUUGAUCAACAGCAUGGCUACCGAUAUUCAUGCUGAAAAUUCCGUACUUGUACCAAAAAUACAGUGUGGAAUCAAGCUGUAAAUCAAAAAUCAAAAAAAUCUUCAGAUGUUUCAAGAUGGGAGUGGUGAAUAGUGGAGUGGGGUAAUUGGUGUUCUAGUCAAUGUGGUGUGGUGGUCUUAGAUAGCUUCAUCAGAUUUGUGUAGAUGGCCAGGCUUCCCCUGUGCUGAUCACAGGGGAUCUGUGAUAAUCACAGAGGGAUUAGCUUGACUAAUAUAGUAUCUAAAGUCUUAGGCUCAAGAUCAUGCGUAGACUGAGUGGUGCUCGGGAAGCACAAACACGAGAGAGCCAGGCAGGCUUUAGACCAGAAAGAGGGUGUAUUGAUCAUAUCUUCACCCUCCGACAGAUUCUAGAACAUAGGCAUUCCUACCGGCGUCCAACAGUCAUUAUAUUUCUUGACCUAAAGGCAGCAUUCGACUCUGUCGAUCGAGAUGUUCUCUGGAGAAGCUUGGCUGUAAAGGGAAUUCCAAGAAAAUAUAUUGCACUGAUUAAGGCACUCUACCCGUACUCAUACAGCCAGGUGAGGGCUUACGGCGAGCUGUCAUCUGAACUGAUGACGACCAGUGGUGUCCGUCAAGGAUGCCCAUUAUCUCCUUUUCUAUUCAACUUCAUCAUAGAUGUGUUAGUGGACUUAACCCUAGGUGACUUCAGUGACUCAGGAAUUGACUUGCUACCGGGGAAUAAUCUCGUUGACUUGGAAUAUGCAGACGAUAUAGUCCUUCUAGGCGAAGACGCUGACGAAAUGCAGAAUCUUCUAAACACGUUGAGCCGCAAUCUACGAAUGUUUGGCAUGCGAGCGACUCGCUCCCGCCAAAUGCAAGAUGAUGUUACAGGACUGGACUACAUCGACGCCUAGUUUAAAAAUAGGAAGUGAAGUGGUAGAGCACGUUGACCGCUUCACUUAUUUGGGAAGUACCAUCAGCCAGUGCCAACGGGUUGAUCUCUGACGAAAUCUCAGCACGAAUAC